UCAUCAUCAUCAUCAUCAUCAUCAUCAUCAUCAUCAUCAUCAUCAUCAUCAUCAUCAUCAUCAUCAUCAUCAUCAUCAUCAUCAUCAUCAUCAUCAUCAUCAUCAUCAUCA